CUCUGACGUCACUCCGAGCGGUGCUGGAAGAAUUACCUGCUGUCAAUAUUAUAAAAGUUCUACGUGCCAAAGUUUUCGUGAAUUAAAAUAAUGGAAAAACUUUUCAUUGGAAUCCUGGGGGUAUUAUGUUGCCUCCGAUUUGGUUCCACAGAUUUUACAGAUGUGGACUGGUGUAAGGAUAAUCCAGAUUUAAACUGCUGGCGAUACGUAGAUAAAAAAUGUGUAGGAUAUUAUGAAGACUGGGCGAGACAAAACUGCCCCUUCCGCUGCGGGUACUGUCCAACUAACCCCCCAUGUGAGGACACCGACACUUCUUGUCAUGCAUACCACGCUGAAGCUUGUUCAGAUGAAAACACCCGGGCUUACAUGAGGGAACAUUGCAGGAAGAGGUGCCAUUUAUGUCAUUGUAAGUAA